UUGGAAUGGGGGUGGCUGUCUUGUUAAUAAUACUUCUAAUUAUUGCUCUAAUCCUAAUGGUAAUACGUGCCAAGCAAAAACUUCGAGAACUUGACGAAGAUGUACGCAUGCGCAGUCACCAAAGGUCCGUGCAAGCCAUGAUGCAGGCCGAAAAAAGAAAGCUGUAUGAUAAAAUGUCGACGCAGAUGGCGCCACCUAAUAGACAGUAUUCACAUGGCAGCACAAAUACGCUGCCGAUUUCUGAUGUGCUUUAUUUCAAAGCGAGGACGAUAACGAUGCAGCACAGACAGUGGUCAUUAGAACAGUGGGAGAUGCGCAUGCUCAGAACCACGUAGUAGCGGAGAACGAAGAAAAUACA